UAAUAGAAACCAUGCCCUGCUGUGGCGCCAGGGCUGAAGAUGCUGCGAAAGGUCGUUCUUUCGCGCCUGUGCCCACUGCUUGGAGGGCCAGCGGUCUCUGCAGCGAGCGGCAGUCGCAGGGAGGUCGCUUCUGGUGUCCCUCCUUCGGGCAGCACCUCGCCCAGAGCCCUAAACAUCUUCGACAGGGAAUUGAAGAGGAAGCAGAAGAAUUGGGCCGCCCGGCAGCCCGAGCCCAUGAAAUUUGACUACCUGAAGGAGGAGGUUGGAAGUCGGAUUGCAGACCGUGUGUAUGACAUAGCCAGAGAUUUUCCCCUUGCACUGGACAUAGGAUGUGGAAGAGGCUACAUAGCACAACAUUUGAAUAAGGAGACUGUGGGAAAGAUCUUCCAAACUGACAUUGCAGAACAUGCUUUGAAAAAUUCUUUAGAAACAGAUAUUCCUACUGUGAAUAUUUUAGCUGAUGAAGAAUUCCUUCCCUUCCAAGAAAACACGUUUGACCUGGUGGUCAGCAGCUUAAGUUCAUCAUCAAAAGCCAUGAGGAUGAAACUCAAGCUGGAAAGGAACCUCAAGGCAGGAGCUGAUGCAGAAGUCAUAGAGGGAACUUGCUUACAGUUGUAUUUGCCCUUUGUACUCUCAAUUCAUUAUGUCUUAAAACCAGAUGGGGUGUUUGUUGGUGCAAUGCUUGGAGGUGACACACUCUAUGAACUCCGGUGUUCAUUACAGUUAGCAGAAACAGAAAGGGAAGGCGGCUUCUCCCCACACAUUUCUCCUUUCACUGCUGUCAAUGACCUAGGGCAUCUGCUGGGAAGAGCUGGCUUCAACACUCUGACUGUGGAUACUGAUGAAAUUCAAGUUAACUAUCCUGGAAUGUUUGAAUUGAUGGAAGAUUUAAAAGGUAUGGGUGAGAGCAACUGUUCUUGGAACAGAAAAGCCCUGCUGCAUCGAGACACAAUGCUGGCAGCUGCAGCAGUUUACAGAGAAAUGUACCGGAAUGAAGAUGGUUCCAUACCUGCCACCUUUCAGAUCUACCACAUGAUAGGGUGGAAGUACCAUGAUUCUCAGGCAAGGCCAGCUGAAAGAGGUUCUGCAACCGUGUCAUUUGGAGAGCUAGCAAAACUAAACGAUGUCAUGUCACAUGGGAAAAAAUAAUAAAUACUUUGUUCAAUUGUUAUGUUUCCCAGAAUUUUCAUCAGAAAUAAAUAGCUUUCACAUUUAAAUUAGUACAGUUUGAAGCAAGGUGCAACCUAUUUACUAGCAACCUAAUACUAACUCAUGCUUAGUAUUCCAAGUUCUCAUUUGUUUCUAUUUAUGAAAAGAUGCUGUUACAUAGUGAUUGGGCAUCCUUGCAGAGUCAGCCUGAAAGCAAAGAAAAUGUUUUCCUGUGGGUGGGGUGGGGACCUAGAAACACGUGCACAUGUGUGAGCAUGUGACUUGAUGGGAAAGCUUGCUCAGGCUCUAGUUCUGCACCAUUUCUUCCCUCUGUUCCUUUGUUAUCGCUGUGGGAUGGUCACACCCCUGAAGAUGAGAAGAAGGACAAAUUGCUGGGUUCUUGAGAGUUCCUGUGCAAUACAAUGAGAACACUUCAAAGUGCCUGCUGUAGACACUGAUGUCAAAAUUGUUUGUUGUACUUUUUUUGGUUUAUUUUUGGAGUCAGGUCUCACUAUGUAGCCUUGGUUGGCCUGGAACUACCGUGUAGACUAGGCUGGACUCUACUCGUAUUGACCCAACUGAUUUAGUCCUGGGAUUACAGGCAUGCCUGUGGCUCUCCACACCUAGUAUUUGUCACACUUCUGCCUUGUCCAGAUGACCAGAGGAUUAAGUACAGCCUCCGCAGCUACUCUGUAGUUUUGACCUGGAGAAGAGCAUCUGUCUUUACCAGGUCCAUCCCUCUUUUCCUAGAUUUGUUAAUUUUGUUGUUUUGAUUUUGUUUCUAAAGUCUUAUUUUAUGGACAUGAGUAUCUUGUCAGCGUGUUUAUUUCGUGUGGUGCUUGGUGCUUACGGAGACCAGAGAGGGCAUUUGGAUCCCCUGGAACAAUGCUAAGGAUGACUGGGAGCCACUUCAGGUUUGCUGGGGGCAGUGCUCUAA